UUUUUUUUUUUCUUUACCUCUGGCUUGUCUUGGUCGUGGUGAGCGGUAAGUCUGGAAGGCGAUCAAACCAGGCACGAUGAAGAUUAAAACGCUGUCGCGUGACUCGCGCCAAUACCAGCGCAAGACCAAGCAUGACAUUCAUCCCAUGCAGAGCAAUGUGGACCCAAAUCUUCAUCCCCUUGAAGCUGCGCGCGAAUACAAGCGUGCCGUCAAUGCUGUCAAGAUGGAGCGCAUGUUUGCAAAGCCCUUUGUGGCCGGCCUUGACGGCCACCGGGAUGGCGUGCACUGCCUGGCCCCGCACCCCAAGCGCUUGGGCGUGGUCUUCAGCGGGGCCUGCGAUGGUGAGCUACGUGCCUGGAAUCUGGCCAAGCAAGAAUGCAUCUUUGCACGCACGCUGCACCGCGGUUUUAUUCGUGGUAUUGCUCUCACGCCCUUGGCCGACAAGGUGAUUACGGUUGGCGCUGAUAAGACUAUCAAAGUCACCAAGCUGGCAGCCGAGCGUGGUCAUGAGGAUGAAGAGGAAGCCCCUUUGAGCAUUAUUGGGCAAAACUUCUUCAACGACGUGUCUCACCACCGCUUUGAGGACAAAUUUGUCACAUGCGGCCCAACUGUGGAGUUGUGGUCACAGCUCCGAAGUGAGCCCCUGCGCGACCUUACUUGGGGCGUUGAUACUUGUAAUUGCGUCCGGUUCAACCCUGUUGAGACAAACGUUGUUGCCACCACGGCGGAUGAUCGCUCCAUCACACUUUACGAUAUCCGAGCCUCAUCUCCCAUGCGCAAGGUUGUUCUUGAAAUGCGAAGCAACCGCUUAUGCUGGAACCCCAUGGAGGCCAUGAACUUCACGGUGGCCAAUGAAGACCACAACCUGUACACAUUUGACAUGCGCAAGCUCAAGCACGCUCUCAAUGUACACAAAGAUCACGUGUCGGCUGUCAUGGACGUGUCCUAUUCACCAACCGGCCAAGAGUUUGUCAGCGCAUCCUAUGAUUGCACGCUCCGUAUCUUUUCCGUUCGUCAAGGCCACAGCCGCGAAAUUUAUCACACGCAGCGCAUGCAGCGAGUCUAUUGUACGCAGUGGUCGGGUGAUAACCGCUACAUUUUGUCGGGCUCUGAUGAGACCAACGUGCGACUAUGGAAGUCGACAGCGUGGGAACACAUUGGCACCAAGUCUUCACGGCAAAAGGCCAAUCUCCAGUAUCAGGAGAAGCUGAAGGAACGCUUCAAACACCACCCCGAAGUGCGACGCAUUCAGCGCCAGCGUCAUCUGCCCAAGGCCAUCAAGUCGGCGAAAAAUCUCAAGCAUAUCGUCGAACAAUCAGAGAAACGGAAAGAGGACAAUCGUCGCGCUCACAGCAAAAAAGGCAGCGUGCCCUUCAAGGCGGAGCGGUCCAAGCACGUGGUGGCGGAAGAGCAGUAGCCAGUGCAACCAGGAGCAGGUUGACAAUGUGUCAGGUGUCCCAGUCAAUGUCAUAUUCGUGGUACAUCUCCUUCACAGUGCAGCCCUUGAAGGUGGCUGUGCUCAUAAUCGAGACAAAAGCAG